GCCAAAAUCAGAUAACUUCAACUUCUACUUUGACGUGUUUUGGUUUUCGGUCGUGUGUUGAUGCAUGCGUAAAAUAAAUAAAUUUCUAAUAACUUUUAAAGUUUGACUUUAAUUACAGCUUAAUUUUUAUAAAGUAUGAGAGUUGAACACUGUUAUUUUUGUUCUUCACCUGUUUAUCCAGGCCACGGCAUUCAAUUUAUUCGAAAUGACUGCAAAAUAUUCAGAUUCUGCAGAUCCAAAUGUCGAAAAAUGUUUAAUAGAAAGAAGAAUCCUAGAAAGCUGAAGUGGACAAAGGCCUUUAGAAAAGCUGCUGGCAAAGAACUUACUGUAGAUCCUGCAUUUGAAUUCGAAAAACGGCGCAAUGUCCCUGUUCAAUACAAUAGAGAGUUGUGGCGAGAAACAAGUAUUUAUUCAACUUCUGAUGAAGAAAGUGUGGACUCUCCUGAUUUGGAAGACAAUGGAUCUUUUGAAGAGCCAAAUUCUGACAAAGACACCGAAGCAUUACCUGAUGCAAUACAGCCCUCAAAAACUAAAAGUAGAGGUGUCAAAUUUUUUUCUUGUAGAUUAAAAAAGGGCAAGGUUCUUGCAAAAGAAUUGGAUUUGAAGGAAGUACAAAGAGAUAUGUCUCUAAUCAGAUCUGUUGCUGCCACAGACAAAAUGAAAAUAAAAGAAGAAGAAAUGAAUGUGGACACAUUAGAAGAAAAGCAAGAAGAAAAAAUGAUGGAAAUGAAUUAAUCAUUAUUUGUUUCAUUGUUAUUUGUUCAUGCAUUCAUUGAUUUCUGUAAAAAAAAAUAAUAAUAAAAUAAAAAAAAUUGUAUAAAGCGAAA